UUUAAUGUGGUGUUUUCUGAUUGGAUGUUUUACAGGAAGCGAGAAGGCACUUCAUGAGUUGGGAUAAUUAAAGAUAUUCACCUCAAUAUUGGCGUAUUUUCUCCUGAAUUUUGUUAAAUUUAAGUUUGCCGCGAUACAGUUUUGAAUGGAAUAUAAUUCGGCUUUAUUAAACACAUGUACGCAGUUUGUUCUGUUAUGUUUCAUCGUACUGAAGGCGGAGGAGCCGUCGGCUGACGGAGGCGGCUGGUCGUCAGAUUCAGAUUUCAGCUUACAGGACGAAGGUCCCUGUAACAUCGACGUGUUGGGCAGCUCUUCUCUCUCACAUCAACAGUUCAUCGAAAGAUAUGCAUACAGCAGACCGGUGAUCCUCAGGGGUCUGACCGACAACACGAAAUUCAGGUCUUUGUGCUCCAAGUCGAGUUUACUGGAAGAAUAUGGCGACCGGAGAGUGCGGCUCAGUACAGCUAACACUUACUCUUACAGGAAAGUGGACGUCCCUUUCCAGGAGUAUGUGGACGUUUUCCUGAGGCCUCAGUCUUCAGACGCCCUCGGCAGCGACACGCUGUAUUUUUUUGGAGACAACAACUUCACCGAGUGGCAGAGUUUGUUUGAGCGCUACGAGGCUCCGCCGUACGUCCUGCCUCGCACCAGCGGAGCCUUCAGCUUCGGGAUCGCAGGUCCUGGAACAGGAGUCCCCUUUCACUGGCACGGUCCUGGUUACUCUGAGGUCAUCUAUGGAAGGAAGCGCUGGUUCCUCUACCCGCCUGACCGGGAGCCUCAUUUCCACCCGAACCGCACCACCCUGUCCUGGGUGACGGAGACCUACCCCCACCUGCCCGAGGUCGAGGCUCCGCUGGAGUGCACCAUCAGACCCGGGAGGUGCUGUAUUUCCCCGACCGCUGGUGGCACGCCACUCUCAACCUGGACACCAGCGUUUUCAUCUCCACCUUCCUCGGUUGAGCUUCAGCUCGCCUGGAUUUUUUUUUUUUUUUUUUAAAGGAACUCAUCACAUCUGUUUUAUCAGAGUUUGUCCUCCGUUGCAGGCUGACGGGAGGAAAAACACUCGACAACAGGCUGCAUUUGAUGUUUCAGGUGAUCGACAGAUUGUUGGGAUCAUAUUUUAGUCUGAAGCUCCACAGUAACAUUCCAGGUCAAUCUUUUCAACAAAGACUGUCCUUAAAAUAAAAUAAACCAUGUUUCCUAAUAA